AUGCUCCUUAGUCAGCUGAUUCCUCUUCUGAGCCUGCUCAGCGGAACUUGGCUGUCCACAGGCUGGGGGAGGCCUGGACCCUGGGAUUCCCCACUACAGUCCUGGGCUGUGGCCAAUCAGACCUCCCCUGUGCCAAUAUCUGCCCUUAGCAGCUGGCAAGUCUUCUUGAACCUGCAGAAAAGCGCACAAUGGGAGGCCCGCAGACUCCAGCACAGGCAAGAGGUGACUGCCCCCGUGUCUCUGCCACUAGACCCAGAGGAAAUGACCCAGGAGAUAUGCAAGGCUGUGCCCUUCACUCAGGUGCUCUCCCGGCCUGGCUGCACAGCCAUUCGCCUACGUAAUCACCUCUGCUUUGGCCACUGCUCCUCCAUCUAUGUCCCUGGCUCAGGUCCUGCUCCGCUUGUCCUCUGCAGCAGCUGUGUGCCCACUCACCAGCGCAGGGCACCGGUGGUCCUGUGGUGCUGGGCAGGUGGCCGAGCCGUCCGUCGUCGGGUGAAGACAACCACCGUGCUGGUUGAGGGGUGUCACUGCAAUCUGAAGGCAUGAGCUGAGCAUGAUUGAUGGACACCCAGACACACAGAUCUGGAAGAGAUGGAGACAAACUCAGAAAGAUACCAACCUGGACCGUGCACACUGGAUUUGGGGACAGCCAGAUAGGUCUCCAGUGUCCUCACACUGCUCCUGG